UUCAUAGCACCUCGCCAAAAGACAUCGGUACAUCACAGUCGUACGUCUCCAAAGGCUCAUCAUACAGCUGCCAAUACACCGACAACUGAGAAAGGCACUAUAAAGAACAUCAUUCUGCAUAAAGUACUACCUCAACAAAACAAAGCAAAUCAGAGAUCACCAAUUAAUACACCCAAUCUGCAUACUGCUACAGGGAUACCAGCCAAUGAGCCUAAACCCAAGAAAGGAGUUCCUAUAGAGGCCACAGGGAGGGCAAUACUUGUGAAAAAUGCUAAUGAUGGGGUGGGACAAGUCGUUGAAGGUAAUCCACUAAACAACUGCAUUUAAAGUUCGUCUGUAGGAAAUGUGGACAGAAGCGUCUAAAUAUGAAUUUAACUUAAUAAAAAGAAGUAAAUAAUGGCAGUUAGGCCAUUCUGUUAUCCGAACUCUAGAGUUUAACCCGUUAUACCCCAAUAUCCACAUACAAAUUCUCCAAAACUGACCUCUAUACAUUUCCUUACAGAAUGAGUUAAGAGAAUCUGAUAAACGAUCAAAGCAUUUUUCCUUUUUGUAAUCAUUUUAUUUAUUCAAAUAACCUAAUCUCUUGACAAUGAGUGGGUAUCGUUAGGAGAAAAUUGAUGUUGGUCACUAUCGGGACUUAAAGGGCAAAAAAAAGAGGAAAUUUUCGUGUAGUUAACAUCGAAAUGGAAGCCGUUGGCGCUCAAUUUAAUGUCCUAGGCCCCAGUUUCGAAAGUAAUAAGUAUUUCUGUCAAGAAAAACAACUUUUCAAGGAAAAAUCGCUCUUUUAUCUUUUCAAAUUAAAGACAACGUGCUUAAAGCUGAUAUCACUAUAAUUAUAUGAUAUUCUCUGGUGAACAUUCGACGCCAGUGCCUCUCACGGAAGAAUUAUUUUGUCACCAGAGAAAUGAGAUUUUUAAGAGAGCAUGUUGGUGAUACAUAUAUUGUUUCUAAAGACAUUAUAUAUUUUACAGCAGGAUCAACAAAUGGGAAAGCUCCUGUUAUAGUUAUAAACUCAGAAGCUUCUGGAAAUAAAGGUAUAUAUUUCAGGAUCAUAAAUAGCUUUAUUGUAUUUUAGGUCUCCUUUGACCAGCACUUUUUGCCAAACAAAUGACAGAAAUAAAACGCAGGAACCGGUACUAAAGACAAGUUUGACUGUCAUAUUUUCAUAUAACUUAAGAGGUAAAAGGACUUUGCCAUCGAUUUGUGGGAGGGGGGAAUGGGCAGGUGAUGCAUCUUCAACGAGAAAGCGGCACUCAUUCGAGUCCACUGGCGGAGUUUAGAACGAGGAUGUAAUUUGUAGACAGGUACUAAAGGACCUCCUUUUAUCGCACCAUGAGUCGAGUUAUUUGCAAAGUCGGGAAAGCCCGGUAAUCCUGGUUGAUUGUACACAUAGCAUAUGAAGUUGUAAUAACAACUUACAUUGGAUUUGCGCUAAUCGUCUUUCGAACAACAUGGCCCCGGUUUAAAACAAUAUUUUAGGCUUUAAACCCGGCCAAUAGAAAUUUAUCCCCAAGCAUGUAUGGUUAAAUGUUAAUUGCUUUUCUUUCUCACAGCGUUGAAGUUUUGCAAAAGAUAACUGUAUUUCAAUGAUUAUAACUAGCACUCGACGUGUUUGCAAAGUACCCAUAAUCACCGUUUCAACCCAUUAGCUCUAGAAACGGCAAUUUAGGUGCGAGAUACAAAUGUCAAUUACUCAUGAGAUGCUUUUAAUUGCAAUCCAAAAAUAACAGAUUUGUAGCUUUUCUAAUCGACGCGUCAUUUAGCUCUAUUUAUCAUUUAACUAUAGCAGGUGCUCUAGAUCCGUUUUCCCAAGACUGCCUCGAUGCACAUAACAGCUAUCGCGCCAAACAUGGCGUCCCGCCGCUUAUGUGGUCACAUGACCUAGCUGAAGGAGCUCAAGUUUGGGCUGACCAGCUUGCUUCAACUGAUUCGUUUCAACACGAUCAAGUGGCCAUACAAAACCGCAAGAUAGGUAAGAUAGAACAUACACAAUACUUUCACAAGAGCCAGUCAUCUAUUAUCAAUGCGGUGUUUCAAUUGUUUUGAACAGGUUUUGAAUACUAAAUGGCAAGCAGGUCACUGAGGUGAGAUAGGUGGGCAUUAUUACGAAUAAUUGCUUACUCCUCCACUUUAGGUGGCUACAAUGAUGAAUGUAAAUCGGACAAUACCCUCGCUCCUCGGCCUUCUUAAAAAUAAUAACUUUGCGCUACGCGCUCGGUCAUUAUUAUCGAGAAGGCCUUGGAGUUCAGAAAUUAUCCUAUAACGAAAUUGGACUAUUACUUUCAUUAGGUGAGAAUCUGGCAUAUUUUCAACCCCCUGUUCCAAAAUGUGAAGGUGCCAUGGUGGACAAUUGUGUUAACUGUCGUGAGAUGGUUCAACGCUGGUAUGAUGAGGUUAAAAACUACGACUUUGAUAAAGGAGGCCCCAAGAGCAGGAGUGGCCCAUACAAACACUUUAGUCAAAUGAUCUGGGCCAAUUCAGCUGAAUUAGGAGUCGGAACCGCGGUCAGUAAGCGGUAUGGUUUCAUAACUGUUGCUCGGUACAGGCCCAGUGGAAACGAAGGAGAUUUUGCGGAGUUCAUCAAAAAUGUUCCCCCGGAAGGAGGUACGCGAAAAUUUUUUUCUAAUCAGUUAAUCACGUCUUAUUUCACAUUCACUAGGGUUCACCAGCCUGACAUAGCCGACCUUUUUCUGUCAGUAAAAGCACUACUUUAUGCGCCAGCUCAACAAAACACAUGUUGGAGCUGUUGGCCAUGAACUGUACGACAUUUGUUCCCAGAACAUGCGCUGUGAAGGCGGUUCAGCAUUACUGCAGAACGGGGUGUCCGCAAGUUCAAUAAGAAACAAACUAAGAGCAAGUGACACACCGACCGAUCAACCCACGGCCUGGGCAGUACCUCACGCGUGCGCACUGACUUAGUCGUUCAGCAGAAAUCAUGGACAGCUGCUUUGCCCUUAUUAAGUGCUAAUCAGCAUAACAUAGCCGUCAUAGCAGUCAAAGUCGUGGUUGGUGUCGGUGUAUAACUUGCUCUUAGUUUGCUUCUUAGCACGGUGAUUUCCAAGCUCUCUGUGCUGUUCAGAGUCAUUUCUGAUGCCUGUGGAAACGACGUUUGCGAUACGAAAUUUUUCGAGUUAUGGACUUGAGCAAAUAAAUUUUUCCUAUUAAAAUUGUCAAGUAAAUUUCCUUCAGUGGGCGGGGUGCGCAUGGAAUGUAUGUAGACACACGACAUGUAACGUAUUCUAUUACUUAAAGGUGGAUAGAACAGGACUGAUAAACCAUAUAAAAGAGAGAAUGAGGUGCCUUCCGAUGCCAUACAUUUGCUGUAAUUUAGCUAACUAAAAAUACAUCAAAAGUAGGUUGAGUUUGAUCGCCCGGGUGAACGAAAAAUAAAAACUUGACGGGUUUUUUCUUCUUUAAAGGUCCUCUACCGACAAUGAAUCCACCACUAAAAGAUAAUACACAACCUGGUGUUGUUGUGAAGAAACCUGGAUUAAUUGAAGACAGUACAGUUGUUUCAAGCGCAGAGGGAGCAUUGAUUAAACCUCCAACUACAUCUCCAUUAAUGGUGGAAAAGCAAGAUGCCCUCCCCUCAAACUUAACUAUCGCUGUAUCUCCAAAGGCAAAGCUACUGGCUACAUCUCUUGCCAAAAUCACUGCUUCGGUAACGCCGCUAGCAAAGAAACCAUUAAAAAUCACAAAUCAAGAUGUUCAAGCCGUAAAUAACGCUACAUCCAUAAAAGGAAAGCCACUGAUUGCAAUUCCCGCCAAAAUCACUGCUUCGGUAACGCCGCUCGCAAAGAAACCAUUAAAAAUCACAAAUCAAGAUGUUCAAGCCGUAAAUAACGCUACAUCCAUAAAAGGAAAGCCACUGAUUGCAAUUCCCACCAAAAACCCUGCUUCGGUAAUGGCGUCGGAACCACCAAAGGAUAGCAUUAAAACUGCAAAUCAGCCCACGUUUAACCAACCAAUUACAGAGAACAAGGCGGCGCAUGCUAAGGGCGGAUUUGUACACACGAUGACUGCCAACGAUGGAACGAAGGCUCAGGUGUACCUCAGCAAGAAUGGGGCCCAUGCUGGUAUAGUGUUCAGGAAUGAAAUAUUAAGA